GAAGCUUGUAGAGGACAGACGUGUUUACAGUUGCUCCAUUUCAGAGUUGUUGAAUUAUUUAUUCUGUUAUAUAGAACAUUAUAUAAUAUAUAUUAGAGAAAGGACAUCGCAACCAAGGAGGAAAAGAGCAGUUUGUUUAUACUUAUAUUAAAAAAAAAAAAAAAAUGGUGAGACAGAUCCGUAAGAGGGAGGAGUGUUUUGCUCCAAUCGCCCAGAGACAACUUGGGGAAUCUAAGGAGGAGGAAGAAGAAGAAGUCAGCAGAGUUGAGAACGUCUGCUGUUCAACAUCUAAUAAUUCAGAUAUGAGCGCCAGAAAGAGGCGCAGAGAGGAAGUAUCUGAUAGCACCAGAGAGGAGGGGGAGAAUUCUGUGGAGGAGAAUGGUGCAACUCCAAGGAAGCAGAGAAAAUAUGACAGCGCUGCAGAGACAGGACACAGCGCUGCACAGCAGAGAGGAAAGAAGAGGAAAUAUACUGAAGAGACUGAAUGUGAGAGUCCCGUGGUAAAGAAGAGGACAGUACAGAGCUCUUCAGAGGUGGAUGACGAUACUACAAGGAAGCAGAGCAGAUCUUACACUGCCAGAGAGACAGGACACAGCGCUGCACAGAGAGGAAAGAAGAGGAAAUGUCCUGCAGAGACUGAAUGUGAGAGUCCUGUGGUGAAGAAGAGGACAGUACAGAGCUCUUCAGAGGUGGAUGACGAUACUACAAGGAAGCAGAGCAGAUCUUACACUGCCAGAGAGACAGGACACAGUGCUGCACAGAGAGGAAAGAAGAGGAAAUGUCCUGCAGAGACUGAAUGUGAGAGUCCUGUGGUGAAGAAGAGGACAGUACAGAGCUCUUCAGAGGAGGAUGGUGAGACGCUGAGCAGAUAUUACACUGCUAGAGAGACAGUACAGGACGCUACAGAACAGAAAGGCAAGAAGAGGAAAUCCACUGAAGAGCCUGAAUGUGAGAGUCCUGUGACCAAGAAAGGAAGAACAGACAAAGCAGGAGUUAGCGGAACGACAUCGACUCACAGCACAAAAAGUAAAGAAUGUGAAACGGCCUCGCUGGGUCCAGAGGACUUCAUCUUCCAUAGGAUACUUGGAGAAGGAGACAUUAAGAAGGUAAGUGAUCAAAGAUAACUACUGAGGGGACUGUAAACACU